AUGUACGCGGCCGCGCGCCGCCUCCUCUCCACCCGCGCCUGCGCCGCCGCGCGGGCGUCCCCCGUGGCCUCGCGGGCGCCCUCCUGCUACUCCGCGGCGCAGUCCAAGUCGCCGCCGCCGCCGCCGCGGUUCCCGACGCCCAAGGAGAUCCGGCGGGGCCUGGACCAGUACGUCGUCGGCCAAGACAAGGCCAAGAAGGUGCUCUGCGUCGCCGUGCACAACCACUACAAGAGGAUAUACAACGAGCCCCCCACCAAGAGCCCUAGCUCAUCCUCGGCGGGUUGUGAUGCUGGUACGGCUGGCGACGAUGACACUGAGCUCGAGAAGAGUAACAUCCUUCUGCUUGGGCCAACUGGAUCAGGUAAAACACUUCUAGCAAAAACACUCGCUCGCUUUGCGAAUGUGCCCUUCGUGAUUGCUGAUGCAACAGCAAUUACACAGGCUGGGUACUCAGGGGAAGAUGUGGAAUCAAUCGUCUACAAACUUCUAGUGGCUGCUGACUUCAAUGUCGAAGCUGCAGAGCGUGGCAUCAUCUACAUUGAUGAAGUUGAUAAGCUCGCAAAGAAGUUCGGUUGCCAGGAGGACCGGAGGGAUGUCUCUGGAGAGGGUGUCCAGCAAGCACUCUUAAAGAUGUUUGAAGGAACAGUGAUCAGUGUGCCAAGGAAAAGAAGUCAAAAUGGCCUGUCUCAUGGUUGUGUCGAGGUUGAUACAACAAACAUACUCUUCAUUUGUGGAGGUGCAUUCUCUGACUUGGGAAAGAUUAUCUCUGAAAGACUUCACCGCUGUCCUUUUGGUUUUGGAACACCAAUACGUCGUGAAUUGGGGGAUUAUUCUUUGACGGAUGCUCUUGAACAGUCAUGCUUGCUUGAAGAGAUCGAGAAUGAUGAUCUGAUUGCGUAUGGCCUGACACCAGAAUUUAUUGGGAGGCUGCCAAUAAUAGUUGGCUUGACUCAUCUCACUGAAGAUCAACUGGUUCAGGUUCUCAAAGAGCCCAAGAAUGCAAUAGGCAAGCAAUACAAGAAGUUGUUCAAGAUGAACGAUGUAAAAUUGCAUAUUACUGAAAACGCUUUGAGGCUGAUAGCAAAGAAAGCAGCUGUGAGGGAAACUGGGGCGAGAGGCCUACGGUCUAUAAUGGAGGGCAUUUUGACAGAAGCAAUGUUUGAGAUCCCGGAUGACGCGGGAGAGGGGAAAGAGAAGAUAAUUGUUGUUCUUGUUGAUGAAGAAUCCGUAGGGACACCGACCCGUCAAGGCUGCGGAGCCAAGAUUUUCCGAGACGAUGGAGCCCUAGAACUAUAUGUUUACCAAAACAAUAUCAGGGUGCCUGGGCUGAUUCAGAGGCCAAAAUGCAGCAUCAUUUGCCGGCUGUGCCUUCUGGUAGCCUUUUCAGCAGCUAAGCUAUGGCUGUAUCAUACCUUUGAUUGUUUCUCCUCAAUAUACGCGUGGAUUGUGUUGAUACUGUGUAAGGCAAACAUUUUCAUAGAAUGA